AAUUCGGCCAGUCCAACUAGCACUUCUUGAAGUUCAUAUCGGCUGUACAUCGAAAAUGUUGGAGGAUCAGCAUUUUUUGUUUUUUGUCCGUGUUGUGGUAUCAGCAUAAGGUGUUUGUCCGUGUAUUUGGUGUUUGUUCAGUCAAACUGGGUAAAACAAUACCACCGUUCGGUUUAACUAUGCAACAUUACUCCUUAUCGCCGCUUUUAUCUAAGUACAAUAUGUAACUACGUGUAGUUGCUACUACGGUUUCCGCAAAAGCUUGGAAUAGUUGUAAUUUUUGCGGUAUGACAUACGCCUAGUCAAUUUUUUCCGGUUGGAGUAUUGAAAAGUGAGCGUUAGAAAUGAGUGCCGACAGUGUAAAAAGUCGCAAAAAAGUGAACAGUGAUAUUCCGAAAAACACUAAAGGUAUGAAACAUUUACAGCCGCUAAAACCCUCGCUGACUAGCAAUUUGUUCUGUUUGCUUGGUAAUUUGUUUGGCAUACAGAAUUGUACGCAAAACGCCGAUAUUGGCCCAGAUAGUUCUUUCAUACAUGAAAGAACUAAUGGUAGAGAGGAAUUAAAUGGCAAAAGAAAAUCCUCACGCCCUAAUGAAGAAGCGAGAAAAUCAGGACAUGUUGCAGUGAAAAGGAAUCAAUACAGUAUCGGCCCGAGAGAUGUGAACUCGUCGAGGAAAAGCCUGUUUUGGGCGUACGUGUUUUGGCUGUUUGGAGGAGUUUUUGGAUUGCAUCUGUUCUACCUUGAACGAGAUGCACAUGCUUUCCUUACCUGGAGCACGUUGGGGGGUUAUGGAUUAGGAUGGCUGGCGGAUAUCACAAAAAUACCCCGAUACGUGCGGGAUUGCAACAACGACCCGAAAUUCCUGCAGGAAUUGGUGGAAAAGAUGCGAAGAAACAGAAGCCCCCCAUUUUCCACCAGCCGUUUCAUAUCGGCUGUAAUGGUUGCGUAUCUAUGGGGCCAAAUGGUGCUGCUUGCCAUCCCUCAGGAUGAGGUUUGGGGCAUUAACUGGAACACCUAUUUCCACUGGUUCAUACCAUUGGCUGUGGCGCUUGGAGUUUGGGCAGUGGGGAAUAUAGGCAGGGAGCAGGGCAAGCCUUGGCUUACUAUCGCUGUUUCCUACAUAACGUAUUCGUCCAGAUGGUAUUUUUACGACGACAGCAUUUGGCUGAGCAUCAUGAUGUUUGCGGCCGCCUUAACAUUCGAGACCUUUUCCAAAGAGUGGAAGUUAUUCCCUAGGAAGAAGAGGUCUGUGGUUGAUUUUUUAUUGGACUUUCGAUUAAUUAGGUUAAUUAGGUCGCUGUGGCGCCGAGCAGCCACCGUUACUUUCUGCGCAAUCCUCUACAUCGGCCUGUGGUCUUCUUUCGUCUACUUCAAUGGAAAAGUGACCGAUUCCAAUGGAGACGAAGUCCCAGUUCACGAGGCUUUGCACCACUUCUUCACUAGCUCUUGGUGGACCGACUUCAAGCAGUCUUUAUAUGAAGUAUACGCAUACGCUCAACAGAACGGAUGGUACGAAAUUUGGAAGGCAGUCAUCACUCUGUCUGAUCCGCAAGGAGAGCAAAACGCCUACAGAGUGCUCGGAGUGAGUCCCACUGCCAGUCAGCAGGAAAUUACAACCAGGUGGAGGGCGCUGAGUAGGGAAAAUCAUCCAGACAAAGUGAAAGAUCCGGAAAAGCAACGCGACGCCCAGGACAAAUUUAUGGAGAUCCAGCAAGCUUACGAGAUUUUGUCCAAUAUCAAGAACAAGCGCAACAGGCGAAACAAGCAGUCGGUUCGGGACGAUUUUUGAUGAAUCGCUUUUUUUACUGUAUAUAAACAGGUUUUAUUAAUGCUUUACAAAUUAUUUUUUGAAUAUUCUA